AUAAAACCACCGAACAGAAGAAAAUAGAAAACCUGAGCUUUGACACAGAUUUGAACCAACCAAAAGCUCAAUCAAUAAUUUCACCGCAAAAUUCUCACAAUGUCGUCGUCGUUUGACACGUUCAGCAUGGAGAACGAAGAUCAAAUCCAUACUUCAAAUAGCCAUCCCUUCAACGACGACGUAGAGUACUCCAACUACGGCUCCUACUCUAACUUCUCCGCUCCCGAUGAUUUCUCAGCUGAUCACGGUGACGUGGCCGUAGAUCACGUUCAAUCUUCCGAGAUCUUUGGUUACGACAAUCCGGAACCUGGCUACUCUCAAUCUCCCUUCGAGUCUGUUCACGUUGAGAAUGGUAACGGUAACGGUAAUGGUUAUGGUGAUGACGGCGUUUUUGCUUCCGAUGGUCCGAUUCUUCCGCCUCCCACCGAUAUGGAGCCCGAGGAAGGCUUUGCUCUACGCGAAUGGCGCCGUCAAAAUGCAAUUCAACUUGAGGAGAAGGAGAAAAGGGAGAAGGAGAUGAGAAUUCAGAUAAUUGAAGAAGCUGAAGAGUAUAAACGCGGUUUCUAUGAGAAAAGAAAGCUGAAUAUAGAGACUAACAAGACUAAUAACAGAGAAAGGGAGAAGUUAUAUUUGGCUAAUCAAGAGAAGUUUCAUAAGGAGGCCGAUAAGCAAUACUGGAAAGCAAUAGCAGAACUCAUUCCUAAUGAGGUUCCCAACAUUGAGAAGAAGAGAGGAAAGAAGGACCAAGAGAAGAAACCGUCAAUAACAGUCGUCCAGGGUCCUAAGCCGGGGAAACCCACUGAUCUGUCAAGAAUGCGGCAUAUUCUGGUGAAGCUGAAACACAACCCUCCACCUCACAUGUUGCCACCCCCACCCCCACCACCACCGGCAAAGGAUGCCAAAGACGGAAAGGACGCCACAAAUGGAAAGGACGGAAAGGCUGUGGCAUCGGCAAAAGGGAAGCCCGAGUCUCCAGCUAAAGAUGCCACCUCAAACGGUUCUUCAGAUCCACCCAAAGAAGGUGCUCCAGUUGCUAAUGAUCAGCCUGCCACAGAACCCGAGCCAACACUGGCUGCAUGAUUGACUACAUUACAUAUUCUACAGCUCCCUCUUGUUCUAUUCUUUUACUCCUUUUUAAAUCUUAAGAUUUUUAUUCUUUUUGUUGAAGAUUUCAUUAAGAUUUAAGCAUACAAGGAUGAUGUCUGGGUAGCUCAAAUUCUCCACGGCUUAGACCGUGGAGUGUCGUUCUUAUUCUCUUUGGAAGUAUUGUAUGAAUUGAUAUUUCGAGUUGGUCAUUGUUCCAAUAUGGUUUAUGAAAUUAUUUUUCCAGACAA